CGCGUAAAUUUUGGCUGCGCACUAGCCACAUUUAUCACUGUUGCAAGCGCGAGGCGCUGCAACGGUCUCAGCGCACACCAUGCGCACGAUUCUAAAGCUCUUCGCGAUCGCCGCGGCCGUGACCGUAAAUGUGGCUGCAGCCGAAACUGCGGAGGCGCCAGCCGCCGAGACCUUCGAGUUCCAGGCCGAGGUCAACCGGCUCAUGGACAUCAUCAUUAAUUCCUUGUACAAGAACAAGGAGAUCUUCCUGAGGGAGGUCAUUUCCAACGGCAGCGACGCGCUCGACAAGAUCCGCUUCGUGGCCGUGAGCGACAAGACGGCGCUCGACUCGAAGAAGGAGCUCGAGAUCCGCAUCUCCUUCGACAAGGACGCGCGCACGCUCACCAUCAGAGACAGUGGUGUUGGGAUGACCAAGGCCGAUUUGGUUGCGAACCUCGGCACCGUCGCCAAGUCGGGCACUACCAAUUUUGUGGAAGCCAUGUCCGGCGACCAGGGCGGCGAUUUGUCGUUGAUCGGCCAGUUCGGCGUCGGCUUCUACUCCGUUUAUCUGGUCGCUGAUAAGGUCCGGGUGCGGUCGAAGCAUAAUGAUGAUGAGCAGCACUGCUGGGAGUCGGCCGCCGACUCGUCCUUCUCGGUGUGGAAAGAUGACGGCGAGGAUCUGGGGAGAGGCACGGAGAUCACCUUAUAUCUCAAGGAGGACGCCGGUGAAUUCCUCGACCAAGACCGCCUCGAGGAACUCGUACUCAGAUACAGUGAGUUCAUCACCUUCCCGAUCUACCUCUACAAGUCGUCUACCGAGACUGUGGAGGUGGAAGACGACGAAGAAGAGGAUCUCGACGACGAGGAGGAGGAGGACGAGGACCUCGACGAGGAGGACGACGAAUACGAGGACGAGGACGAAGCCCCCCGCACAACUACGGUGACGAACUGGGACUGGAGCCAAGUAAACUCGGAGUCCGCCAUCUGGGCGCGCGACGCGUCGGAGGUCGAGGACGACGAGUACAAGUCCUUCUACAAGACGUUCUCGAAGGACACGGCGGACCCGACGACGUGGAUCCACUUCAAGGCCGAGGGCGAGGUCGAGUUCAAGUCCAUCUUGUUCGUGCCGGGCCAGGUGCCCUUCGACAUGUACGACUCCUACCACAACAAGAACGCCCAACUGCGGUUGUACGUCCGGAAGGUACUUAUUACCGACGAAUUCGAGGACCUGGUGCCGCGCUACCUGAACUUCCUGCGCGGUGUGGUUGAUAGCGACGACUUGCCGCUGAACGUGUCGCGCGAGACGCUGCAGCAGCACAAGGUGCUCAAGGUGAUGGGCAAGAAGCUCGUGCGCAAGGCUCUGGAGAUGCUCCGGAAGCUCGCGCAGAAGUCUGAGUCUGAUGACGAUGAUGAGGACGAGGACGACGAGGAAGAAGGUGACGAGGACGACGAGGAGGAGGAGGCGUCCAAGGACCCGUACAUCGAGUUCUGGGAGAAGUUCGGCAAGAACAUCAAGCUCGGGAUUAUCGAGGACUCCGCGAACCGCUCCAAAUUAACGAAGCUCCUGAGGUACAAGUCGUCGACGUCGGGAGAAGGAUAUACCUCAUUUGAACAGUACGUCGAGAACAUGAAGGACUGGCAGAAGGCUAUUUACUACAUCGCGGGCGAAAACGUCGAGGCUGUGGAAAAUUCCCCCUUCCUCGAGAAGUGCAAGGCCAAGGGCGUCGAGGUUUUAUAUAUGGUCGACCCCAUCGACGAGUACGCCAUCCAGCACGUGACCGAAUUCGACGGGAAGAAGUUACAAAGCGUCACGAAGGAAGGUUUGAAAUUCGGCGACGAGGACGAGGCCCUCGAGGCGAAGCGGACGAAGCUCUACAAGGAGACUUUUAAACCGCUCACUGAUUAUCUCAAGGAGCUGUACGGCGACGCCGUGGUCAAGGUAUCCAUCUCCAAGCGCGUCGAGACGACCCCCACAAUUAUUGUUACGAGCCAGUACGGCAACAGCGCGAACAUGGAGCGCAUCAUGCGCGCCCAGGCCUUCUCCGAAAAACAAAGCAUGGGCAUGAUGAUGUCCCAGAAGACCAUGGAGCUGAACCCGCGGCACCCGAUCAUCAACGAAUUGUUGACCAAGGUCAAGGACGAGAAGACCGACGAAGACACGGAGAACCUCGCUUGGUUGCUGCUCGAUAACGCGCUGAUGCAGAGCGGCUUCCAGCCGGCCGAUGUGGAUGCGUUCGCGCAGAGGGCGUUGAAAAUUAUCCAGUCCGGUUUGGCGCUGGAGUCGUCUGACUUAUUACCGGAGAUGGAGGUGCCCGACGACCCCGAGGAGGAGGAGGACGAGGAGGACGAGGUCGACCUGGACGCGUUCGGCGACGACGCCGACGCGGACGAGGCGAAGGACGAGCUCUAG